UCCUAACUUUGUCAACCUACAGCAACAGUUCUGUGCGUUGAAAUCCGGAUCCGAGAGCUGAGCCAGAUGCAAGGACGACAGUACAAUAAGCCGGACUCUCAUAGAUAACCAAAUUCACUUGAAAUGGAAACCUUAGACGAUAGUCGAUCGAAGACAUAUAGCACACUGGGAAUCUGCUGGUCGGGAAUAGGUGCAAAAUAUGGAAUCAGCUGAACACGAGAAGGAGAAACUACUGCAGUAAUGUUAUCGAGGUUUCUCCACCUCAACAAUUCGAGCUGUCCGUGGGUGCCUACUGAUUGGAUAUCGUGGUAGAUACAUACAUCAGUUUACGAGACAAAGAUGCGACGAUCGAGGGCACGCAGUGCUGCCAGUUUUUUUGUGUAGAUAGAAAGCUAGUGUAGACAUUUCCAUGUCCAAGUUUGAGUAUCGCUGUGGAACUAUCGCUGCCAAUCGUACGCUCGUGAAAAUUGUUCAAGGCUCGAUUUGAAAUGCAUGCAUGCUCGAAAAGUUCGACCACAUGGCUGAACCGAGGAAAAAUGUAAACGUCGUCGUUGGAGACUUCCAUCUGCAUCACGUCGACACCGCUUUCCACAGAUGGCUUUUGGAUCAAAGAAACGAGAAGGUUGUGUUUUGGAGCUUUCUGGUCGGCUUGAUUGGGACAUGCAUUCUCGUGAUUGGAUCUGGACUGCUAGAUGACGCGAUCCCCAGCAACAUGCCCAGAGGUGAAGUCAUCAAUCAGGUGAUCAACGCGUUUUCCACUUGUCUGGUUCUCUGCCUCCAUCCCGAACGAUGCCUUCAUUCAUACAUGCUGUAUCGGUGGCAGAGCUCGGAUCAGAUCAAGCUCCGAGAAGCUUACUGCAAAAACGGGACCAAGAGGCCCAACGAGAGGCUUCACUUGAUGCUCCUGCUCGUGCUCUGGCAAUUGAACUGUGUUGGGCAGUAUGUUUUGUGCUACCUCAAUUUGCAGUACACUGCAGCUGAUCGACCUGGCACGCUGGUGGCAAUUUGCCUCGUGGUGUCUCUGGGAGCUGCGAUAGGCGCUAGCGUUUAUCACAGCCACUCUCCGUUGGGUCAAGACUUGGAGCUGCCUCACGACGACGUCGAAAGGCUCGUCAGGAUUUAGUUCCACAGGCCAGCUGCGACUGCUCCUUGUGGAUGUCAGAAAACUUGUCAUUGAUCUUGCAGCCACAGAAGUAGAAAGUAUUUUUCUUUGUUCAGCCAUUUGAGUCUCACAGUCCAUAUCAACUAGUUUACUUUCUUGAUCAAUCCCAAAAUUUGAUGUCGUGAGAGCAAGCAAAAUCUCAUACAAAUCUAGUCCGUACCUCUUUUAUGUACAAAAUAACCUCUUUACCUCUGAAUAAGUAAACAAUGUGAGGAAUGAGCCUUCUUGUGAAUGCACAAGGUUCACCAUUG